AUCUCGACCCUCUCCUUCGCAGGCUCCGUGCCUAUUCCUUCCUCAUCAUGGCUGAGCCGUCCUGGCAAGAAACGUUGCGUCUGCGGCUAGUCGAACGCAACGCGAGGGAGACCGCCUAUGCCUCUAUCAUCGAACAAUACCGCAGAUUGGCGCAACAAACCAAGCUACUGAAAGAGCGCAAUGCCUCUCUCCUUCGCGCGAUGGGAACUGCCCGGCCCAAUCCAAGCAGUUCGACCGUCUUCGUUCCCGGCACGGGUGACGAUAAUCCCGUACGGGCUGCGUACAUCGCUUCCCUGGAAUCACAAAUAUCGUCGUUGCGAGACGAGCUGGCGACUGUCUACAAGACUCAAGGUCAGAACGCGCAGAGACUUCUCGCGAUGAACGAGACAUUGCGAGAAAAGGAGGAACUGUCGCGACUCGACUCGGAGAGCCUGCGGAAGUCGAGAGAUGAGAUCGCUGUUCUGCGGAAAAAGGUGGAGCAGCACAACGAGCUGAUGGCGGAGAAGGAUCGUACAGCACAGAUCCUCCAUGACGAGAUCAAUACCCUCCAACUCGAACUCAGCCAGAUCGAGGAGCGCAACCAAAUACUCACGAAGGACAAUGCAAAGCUCUUACAGCGCUGGCUGGACGCAAAGCAGGCCGAGGUGAACCGUAUGAACCAAGCGAACGAGUUCUACGAGGACAUGCAUUCCCGUCGGCAAGCAGUCAUGAACUGGCAAGCAGGGCAGAAGAGCGAGGAUGGGGACGCACCAGCUGCGAACACGAACGGGUCGGGAAACGGGGAGGAGGGGAAGGAGCCGGGAGCCACUCCGACGAAGGAUGGGACACCAUCUCAGGCGGAGACGGACGUGAAUCUGACACCGAAUGGCUGAUAGUCGACGAGUCGGAAGAGUAAGACGUGUGUGUAUCCCUUCCACCUCUUUCGUGCUUGCCUUCUUUGGCCCGUCUCUUACUGUUCGUUGGAUACCCUAGUGCUCCAGAUAUCCUUUGCGUUUGUCCUACCGUGGUAUUCGAUGUAAUCUCUAACGUCCUCCUUUGCGGUUCUGCUGCUAAUUGCUCUCUCCGGACGGAUGUAUCGUUGUUGUGCGUUAUACACCUACUUCUUCUACCUUGACGGUUUCUAUCAGAAUCCAGCAUCUGCCCGACCAUCUGCAAGCCAGGAGUUACUGUGUGAUGACGCUGAAUGCCAGGUAGCCGCCCCGAUCUUCGAAAGCCUUCACAUCCCGCCAGAAGCGGUUGUUCGGUACACGGAGAGUUCAAGUGGGGCAGAAGCUGUCAAGGCUCGCCAGCCUCCGAA